AUGGCCUUUUAUCACGUCUAUCAAAGUGGUGCUGGUUCGACCGGUUCUUCUCGAAUCAUGGAUGAGCCAUCAGCUUGCCCUGGAUGUCUGUACGCCGAACCCGUGACGAUUUCUGUUGCCCAAAAUGUCACUGAUCACAGUUUCCCAAAAGAGAUACGCACCGUUAUUCGAGUGAACCCAACAAAAGAGCCUCAAAAAAAGAGGGAAGGGCCAGUAAAAGAACCAGUCAAAUGUACAAGAGUUCAAUUCACUGUUUAUCAAAGAUGUGUGUUGGAGAGGACAUUUUCUCUGUCACAGUAUAUUUCAGCUCAGAAACGCCUAGCAUUAUCUCAAGAACUGGGAAUUUCAUGUGAAAAAAUCCAGACUUGGUUCAAGAACAGACGUGUAAAAUGGCGGAAAGAAGAGCGGCAGACCGGUGAGGGCUUAGCUCCUGCAUCCCUUAGGACUGGUCCCUACUUUACCUAUUUGGGUCACGUGCCAUAUCCUAAUAGCAAACUUAUGGUGCGUGAUGCACGGAUGUUGCUUGGUUCUCCACAAGCCUCGUACAUCAGCAAAUCAUAA